AUGGAUGCUGGAGAUGAAGAUUUAAAACAUCAUUUCAGUACAUGUGGCCGAAACAGUUCUAUGAUAAGUAACACAGUCCAAAACGAAGUCAUACAUUGCAUUCGUGACACUAUUUGCUCCUCAAUGUCGAGGGAUGUGAAAAAGGGUAAAUUUUUUAGCAUUAUAUGUGAUGAAACAACUGAUGUCACCACUAAGGAACAGAUGACAUUUUGUGUUAGGUACAUUGACAUAGAGACCUUUGUUACCAAAGAAGCCAUGAAUGAAGAACUCAAGACACUGGGCCUGAGCUAUCAGUAUCUUUGUGGACAGGGCUAUGAUGGCGGCUCAAAAAUGGCUGGGAGAUUUAAAGGAGUUCAAGCUCUUAUUUUAAGUAAACAACCGUUGGCUAUUAAUACCCACUGUUUUAGCCACUCUUUGAACUUGUGCAUUUCUAAGUCUUGUGAUACUCCAAUAAUCAGAAAUAUGAUGGGAAUUGUAGGAUCAGUUUCAGCAUUCUUGUCCGCCUUUGCAAACAGAAAAUGUUCCCUAGAGGAAGUUAUAUCACGACUACCGUUGACAAACUCAAAGAAAACAAAGUUGAAGGCAAUGUAUCCAACAAGAUGGGUGGAAAGACACGAUAGCCUUAUUACUUUCCAGGAGCUAUUUGUCCCAGUCGUGACCUUGCUUGACGAACUUUCAAGUAGUCGUGAAACCAACGCAGAAAUGGCUAGUAAAGCUUGUAUGUUUAUUUCUGCUGUCCGAAGAGGAGACUUCAUAGUCGUGUUAGCAACUGCAGCACAUUACUUCUCUUUAACUCUAAGACUAAGCGAACAACUCCAAAGGCCUAAAAUGGAUUUAACAACUGCCUUAAAUCAUGUCAAUGAUGUGCUUGAGGUGUUCAACUAUAUAAGGACGGAUUCGAAAAUAGUAUUCGGAAGUAUUUUUGAAGACUCUGUCAAACUGGCAGAAGAAAUUGGAAGUGUAAUAGCAAUGCCAAGAACUAUUUCAACACAAACCAAAAGAGACAACGUUUCUGCUUCAAACGCCGAGGAAUACUUCAGGCGAACAGUAUUUUUACCUGUUGUGGAUCGUUUUAUUGCCGAGCUAGAAACAAGAUUUUCGCACCCUAUUACCACUUCAAGGAGCGAACUGAAACUAUGGAAGAAAAAGUGGGUUGAUGAAAGUAAAAGACCUGAAAUAGUAAGUGAAGCAUUAAACAACUGUGACAAGCAGUUUUUCCCAAAUGUAUAUGUUUUAUUCCAAAUAUCUGGGACUACUCCUGCCACCACAAGCACUCCUGAACGAAGCUUCUCUACUUUGAGACGAAUAAAGACUUAUUUGCAAAGAGAUAUGGACAUUGAAAAUCUCAUUGACAUAUUCAGUAAAAAGAAACAGAGGCGAAUGAGCAUGACAAAUUGGGCAGAAGACGGAAAUAUACAGUGA